AUGAUCCACUUUAUAAGUUCCUCUUCAUCACAUGUCUCCUCUUCCACAAGUUCUCCAAACAGUGAAGCAAAUGCUUUACUGAAGUGGAAAGCCAGCCUUGACAACAAAAGCCAAGCUCUAUUAUCAUCGUGGAAUGGUAAUACUAGUCAUCUUUGCAAUUGGGUUGGAAUUACAUGUGAUGAGUUCAACUCCAUUUCUAAUAUUUUUCUUCAAAAUCAUGGAUUAAGAGAACUUGCUUACACAAUGGAAGUGAUAGAGAAAUGUGACGUUUAUAGCUUUGGAGUGUUAGCGCUGGAAAUAAUCAUGGGAAAGCAUCCAAGAGAUAUUAUGAUGUCUUUUUUCUCGACCACAUCUUCUAUGAGAGAGGCAACAGUAGAAGCCUAUGAUUUUCCUUUGAAGGACGUGUUAGACCAAAGGUUAAUUUAUCCUCAAGGUUCGGUGGCUGAGAUGGUGAUGCUGAUUGCAAGAGUAGCUUUCACUUGCUUGAAUGAAAAUCCACAAAUUCGCCCAACCAUAGAGCAAGUGUGUAAGGAGCUUGCCACAUCAGCAUUGCCUAGUUUUGUUCCAUUCCAUAGUAUCACAUUUGGAGAUCUCAACUGCAAAGAGUUUUGA